AUGCUGCCACCCGUACUCUCUCGCUUCGGGCUGCUGCUGCUGUUGCUCUUGUGCCCCGCGCACGUCGGCGGACUGUGGUGGGCUGUGGGCAGCCCCUUGGUCAUGGACCCUACCAGCAUCUGCAGGAAGGCACGACGGCUGGCUGGGCGGCAGGCUGAGUUGUGCCAGGCUGAGCCAGAAGUGGUGGCAGAGCUAGCCCGGGGUGCGCGGCUCGGGGUGCGAGAGUGCCAGUUCCAGUUCAGAUUCCGCCGCUGGAACUGCUCCAGCCACAGCAAAGCUUUUGGCCGAAUCCUGCAGCAGGAUAUUCGGGAGACAGCUUUUGUGUUUGCGAUUACGGCGGCGGGCGCUAGCCAUGCGGUCACGCAGGCCUGUUCCAUGGGUGAGCUGCUGCAGUGUGGCUGCCAGGCGCCCCGCGGGCGGACCCUGCCCCGGUCCUCUGUCCUGUCUGGCACCCCAGGGCCUCCCGGGACCUCCGGGACCCCCGGCUCCCCAGAAGGCAGCGCCGCGUGGGAAUGGGGAGGCUGCGGCGACGACGUGGACUUCGGGGAUGAGAAGUCCAGACUUUUUAUGGACGCACAGCACAAGAGAGGACGCGGAGACAUCCGCGCGUUGGUGCAACUGCACAACAAUGAGGCGGGCCGGCUGGCCGUGCGUAGCCAUACACGCACCGAGUGCAAGUGCCACGGACUGUCGGGCUCCUGUGCGUUGCGCACCUGCUGGCAGAAGCUGCCUCCGUUCCGCGAAGUGGGCGCGCGCCUGCUGGAGCGCUUCCACGGCGCCUCACGCGUCAUGGGCACCAACGAUGGCAAGGCUCUGCUUCCCGCAGUUCGCACGCUCAAGCCACCCGGCCGAGCCGACCUCCUCUACGCUGCCGACUCACCGGACUUCUGCGCCCCCAACCGGCGCACCGGCUCGCCCGGCACGCGCGGCCGCGCCUGCAAUAGCAGUGCCCCGGACCUCAGCGGCUGCGACCUGCUGUGCUGCGGCCGUGGACACCGCCAGGAGAGCGUGCAUCUUGAGGAGAACUGUUUGUGUCGCUUCCACUGGUGCUGCGUAGUGCAGUGUCACCGCUGCCGCGUGCGCAAGGAACUCAGCCUCUGCCUCUGA